GGAAGCGAAAAAAUAGCGCGGUUGUUGAUUGAGCAGUUGCUUGCAUGAUGCAUGCGUCCAAUGCAUUCUUUGAGAAAUUGUUCCCAAGUGCUUAUCCGAAACACGCGUGAGUCGUUUGUAAACUUCGAACGCUUGUAAAGGAACAUGCGCAAGUCAUCAAUCCUCCAGCAAUCUGCUAAUAAGAAGUUUAACAGCCCCUUUCUCAAGCCCCGAUCGACUGCUUCACCUGCGAUAGAAAAGGUUCAGCAAGACAUUCACAUUGCUGCGACUGGAUCCGACAAUGUGGUUCGGAAAAGAAGUAUCAGUGAUAUCAUGAACCUUGUUAACCAACCACAACCACCUCAAGAUGCUGUGAAGAAGGUCUGCAUUGAGCAUUCACGUUCUGUGAUACCAAGCCCCAGCUUUGGCUCACCACAUGAUGAGAGCUGUCACAAAAGUCCGUCAGCGCCUCCAACACCACCAAAGAGUAUAGGAACACAGUUACCCCUGUCUGAUGCAUCAGGAGCGAGUACAAACGCACGUUACUACAGUGUUGUCUGGUGCAAGAAGUCCAUGAAGAAACAUAAGAAGUGGGAGGGUGAUGCUGUACUCAUCAUCAAAGGACGGUCGGCCACACUGAGAAGCCUGGAGGGAAAAGAAUUGUCUUCAGCAUUUGGGUACAAAGUGAAGGAGGUUGAUGCAAUCGAAGAAGGAAGCAUUUUCAGCAUCGGUGGCAAGGAAUGCGAGAUUCAAGCAUCCAUAUCUACUGAAGAUUAUUUAUCAGGACGCUGUUUCAGUGAUGGCUUUGUACCUGCAGCGACGCAAGAGGACUCGAAACAGUCAAGUUCGGCACCUACACUUAAGACAUCAGCACAACAAAAUCCCACAGUCAAGUUCCCUGCUUUCAGAAGCCCUCAUGUGGGAGGCCUUCCCCCCAAUGCAAGCAGCAAAAAGAUUUUCGUCCUGCCACCCAGUCCACAGAUUAAGCAGGACUCGUUAGUCAUGCCACGCCCAAACAACAUUCACCAAUGGGACAACAACAAGAAAAACCUUCCUGUGACGGACGUAGUCGUUGAAGACUCGCUCACCCGGUGCCUGCGACCUCACCAGCGGGAAGGUGUCGUCUUUCUAUACGAGUGUAUCAUGCAGAUGAGAGCGUUUGAUGGAUGUGGCGCAAUUCUGGCGGAUGAAAUGGGCCUUGGAAAGACCCUUCAAUGUAUCACACUCAUAUGGACCCUACUGAGGCAAGGACCAUAUGGAGGCCAACCAUGUCUUCGUAAAGUUAUCAUUGUCACACCGAGUAGCCUUGUCAAGAAUUGGGUCAAGGAGUUCAAGAAGUGGCUGCCGAACAGAAACCUUCGAGUGUACCACGUCGAUCAGAAUAACAAAAUUGACAUCUUUUUAAAUGACCCAUCUAUGUAUCCUGUGCUGAUUCUUUCGUACGAGAUGUAUAUGCGCGCCAGCGAUCGCCUUUCUCGUAUCAACUUCGACUUGCUCAUCUGUGAUGAGGCACACAGAUUGAAGAACGCCAACAUCAAAACCACAGAGUCUCUACAGAACUUGGGAACAUUACGUAGAAUCUUGCUGACAGGGACACCUGUUCAGAAUGACCUGCAAGAGUUUUUUGCCCUUGUUGAUUUCUGCAAUCCUGGAAUAUUGGGCAAGUCAUCAAGUUUUCGUCGCAUAUACGAGGAACCCAUUCUGCGAUCACAGCUUCCGGGGGCCACCGAGGAAGAGAAGGAGCUGGGCCCGGCACGGGCCAAUGAGCUGAUGCAGACCACGUCGCCGUUCAUUCUUCGACGAACCCAGGAUGUUAUUCAAAGCUACCUUCCUGGAAAAGUGGAAUGCGUUGUCUUCUGCCGCCCACAACCACUUCAGCUGGCUCUGUACCAAAACAUGCUGGAAACAAGCAUGGUGCGCGCUUGUCUGAGCAGUUAUUUGUCGACUGACGCCAACUGCCACCUUGCUUGCAUCCUGGCUCUUCGGAAGCUCUGCAACCAUCCCUUACUCGUUGCAUCCCAGGAGUUCGCCGAUAAGGACGAGGAUGUAGGCUUGGCCGCCCUACAUGCCGAAGCUCGGAGAGGUCUCCAGUCCGAAUUUGAUCCUACAAUGAUGGAGCUCGAAUCGGGCUCUGGAAAACUCGUGGUUUUGGCUGCCAUGCUUCAUUCUCUGUGGACCUCCCAGCCACGAGAGAGGAUAGUCCUGGUCUCUAACUUCACAAAGACUCUGGACAUUCUUGAAGACAUAUGCAUGCAGAAAGGGUAUCCAUUCUUGAGGCUUGAUGGGUCGACGUCAUCGACACAGCGCUUGGAGCUUGUCGAGCGAUUCAACUCUCCACACUCAAACUGCUUUGUGUUCCUGCUCAGCUGUAAGGCCGGCGGUGUUGGGCUGAACCUUGUGGGAGCCAGUCGUAUAGUUUUGUACGACGUAGACUGGAACCCUGCGAAUGACCUGCAAGCCAUGGCACGUGUUUGGAGGGAUGGCCAAUCUCGACACGUUUCUAUCUACAGACUUCUGACCACGGGCACCAUCGAAGAAAAGAUCUUCCAGCGGCAAGUGACGAAACAGGAACUCAGUGGAGCUGUUCUAGACAGUAAGAAGGAUGGAAAGAGAGCCAAGUUUUCCCUGGAAGACCUCAAGGACCUGUUCACGCUCGAUGAAGAGACCACUAGCUCGACUCACAGACUGCUGGGCUGUAGAUGCGACAGCGUGGAGGACACAGACGGUGAUUUCAGUGACAGUCAUUCCCGAGCUGAGGUGGUAGCGGAGCCAAGUGGCGCGCCCAAACGCUCAUCUCAACUAGGCAGUGCAACAACUCCCAGCAUCAUCGGACAGAAGCUUGGCAUGAGCGACUUGUUGCGGUGGGAACACAUUUCGGCACCGAUAGGCAAGCAUUUUUCGCAGGACCCUCACCUGGCUGCUGCUGAAGACCACAUCACAUUUGUUUUUCGCAACACUCUCUGUAAAGCGCAAAAAGAAAAUGUUGGUGGACAUUUAUAGGCAUUUUAUUCACUAUUGUUCUGUAAAAUGUGUGUGUGAAGAAACACCACAACUUCUUCAUGCUUUUCACCAUAUUUGCCACACGUUUUAGUUUUUAUACGACCAUGACCAAAUAUAUUUAUGUCUGUUUUAAUGUACAGCAAAACUAAUAAAGAAAAUUGGUGU